CGCUUCUAUUACGCGAUCUCGGUAUGAAGGAGCCGCAGUUCUUCUUUCAUGUUUGUUUCUGCUCUGGAGCUGGAGCUUGGCCGUUCCGCUACGAAGACGCGUUUAAUCUUCUCUAAGAUAAUAAACAACGUCUGGUAAAGUACUGUUAUAACAAAUGGCAUGCAAACAGGCGAAACGCGUCCUUGUGUAACACUAUAAACAAGCAUAGCCGUAAUCAAAGGCUUGAGUUUGAUUGGAUUCAUUCAUUCCCACUUAAUCAGACAAGUGUUCCUUCAGUUUAUUAACUUCAGAGGAUCGGCUUCGAAGGCACUCGGUUAAAUCAGUGUUCAUGCCGGACUUUGAGCAUUUCAGAUUUUCCUACUCCAGAAUGAAUCCUGUAUUGGGGGAGAACGUGUAUCCGUACCAGCAGAACCAGGUGACGGGCUUCUCGGACUCCGCGGCUUCGGGCCACUGGACCGAUCCAGCGGGUCUUUUCCUGAGCGAACACACGAGUGGCAUCGGGCAAGAUGGGUUGGACUUUGGAGCUUUACCUCCUCCGGGAACACCAUAUCUGCACCUGGGUAACUAUCUCCACCGGGUGUCUCCACCUCCUCCCGCCGCCGCGGCCCUGAGGAACGACCUGGGGUCCAACAUCAGCGUCCUCAAAACUCUGAAUUUGCGUUUCCGCUGCUUUUUAGCCAAAGUUCACGAGCUGGAACGCAGGAAUAAAGUAUUGGAAAAGCAGCUGCAACAGGCUUUGGAUGAGAGCGCGGAGUGUGUAGAAAAUAAAAAGCCUUUAACGCGAGAUGUUGGGGUUCAGACUGGCUACGUUGGAUUGAUUCCUGUCAGGCCCGACCUGAUACCCCUUCAGAACGCGAACGACAUCGCGUAUCUGUCUGGAGCCUUGCUCUCACCGACUCUCAAUAACAUCACCCUCCCUCUCGAGUCUAAUAACAGUACAACAAUAGAAAACCUGAACCCAUCUAAUCUGACGGACUCUAAUUCCAAUCUCACCCCAAAUUUCCCCAUCAGCCCGACUGAUCCUGCUCCAAGAACAUUCAGCAAUGUUAACGCGAAGUAUGUCAGUACUGGUAUCGGCUGUAGCAGCAACCCUGCACCCAGAUUUCACCCUGGCACUGUGUGGUCGUAUAAUCAGAGGUUCAGCGCCGGGUGUGAGUCGCGGGUCUCGGGUCCGGGUGUGUCGUCGUGGGUGCCUCCAGUCGGAGUGGGUGUCCAGAUCGACACCAUCACCCCAGAGAUUCGGGCCCUGUACAAUGUGCUCGCCAAGGUAAAGAGGGAGAGAGACGAAUACAAACGGAGAUGGGAAGAGGAAUACACAAUGCGGGUGGAUCUACAGGAAAGAGUUGCAGAUCUUGAAGAGGACCUGCAGGAGAGCGAGGUGUGUCAGGAUGAACUUGCUCUGAGGGUUAAGCAGCUCAAAGCAGAUCUGGUUCUGUUUAAAGGUCUCAUGAGCAACAAUCACUCAGAUUUGGACAGUAAGAUUCAGGAGAAGGCCAUGAAAGUGGACAUGGACAUCUGUCGCAGGAUUGACAUCACGGCUCGUCUGUGUGAUGUAGCCCAACAGAGAAACUGCGAAGACAUGACUCAGAUCUUCCAGCAAGUAGCCACACCUCCGUCAACCUUGACCCACCGACCUCAAAAACCAGCAGCACAGACAGUCAGGGGGAACGAGAGCGAUGAACCAGUAAGCAUCUCUGAAAGUGAGGACAGUGGAAAUAAGGAGGUGGAGCUUUGUUGCUCAUCAGCCAAUCAGAUCAAUGAAGAGAUGCAGAGAAUGCUCAACCAGUUACGUGAAUGUGAGUUUGAGGAUGACUGUGACAGUCUUGCGUGGGAAGAGACUGAGGAAACUCUGUUACUCUGGGAAGAUUUUCCAGGAUGUACCUUCAGUGUUGAGAACCAAGGAGAACAGGAGGAGUCUAUAGAGAAAGUAAUAAAGGACACAGAGUCCCUUUUUAAGUCGCGUGAAAAGGAAUAUCAAGACACCAUUGACCAAAUUGAGUUGGAGUUGGCAACUGCUAAGUCGGAUAUGAACAGGCAUUUGCAUGAGUAUAUGGAGAUGUGCAGCAUGAAAAGAGGCCUGGAUGUUCAGAUGGAGACCUGCAGACGAUUAAUCACUCAGAGUGGAGACAGAAAAUCCCCUCUUCUUGUUUCGGUUGCUGUGGACGAGGGAGAGAAUGCAGAGAAGGAGAGGAAAAAAGCAACUGCGGCAGAUUCUGACAGCAAUGAACCAUAUCAUGACUUGCAGUCAAACUCUGCAGUCCCGGACCACACAUGGAAAAAGGCCUAGCAUUUAUAUCCCUCCAGCACCACAGAAAUAGCUGCAUUUACAAACGUAUGAUGGUUGUCAUUUCAUAACGGAGAAUGUGAUGCUGCAGCAAGAAUCCAGAGUAAAUAGGUUAUAGCUACCUUCUGAAAGGCAAGUAACCAUGUGUGGUUUCACUAGUGCCCUCUAUUGGAAUACACCGUCAAUAGUCCAAAGGAUCCAUUAUUUGCACGUCCAGCAUGUAGCAUUAUAUUAAUUCUAGCCAAAGAUAUCAGGCUGGAUGUGAUAUCACUCUUUCUAGAUUACAUAAUUGUAUUUAUUUUAUGCAGAUUAACACCAGGGUCAUUCCUGUUAUGUAGUAUCUUUUGAACGCUGUAAUUUAAGGAAGACUUUAAAGAAUAUGUUCUAGGAAAGCAGGCACUCUAUUAUAACAUGAGUUAAUUUCCUGGAAAACUGUCAGAAAGAAACUGGCAUUUGUUAGAUGACUGAAGAAAAAAAACAUUUUGUUGGUGACAUUUUAAAUGGAGAAAGAAUACAAUUACGAAAACACAUGAAGUGUUUCUAAAUUACCAUUGUAUCAUCAAGUUUUACUUAAUGACAUAUUAAACUAUAUGAAAUGUACUAAAUUAACAGUCUAUGCAGGUAUGCAGUAAACCUUUUGCAGCUCUGAGUGGAGAUAAUUUUGGGACCAGUAUUUAGUGCUCAACACUUUGGCUUGAAGUGCACACUAAAGUGAAGUGUGUGGGUGUCUGCUUUCAGUUUCUUAUUUAUUCUGUGAUUUUAGAUGACUAAGCAUUGGCCUUGUUAUCUGUGUUUCUGGUUGAAUAUGUCUAAAUCUUUAGUGUUGUGUCAUUAUGCACUGUAAGCUGCCUUACCAUUUAGUUGCGUUAACGUUAGUCAAAUACAGAUGCUCAAGGGAAUUUCAUUAGAUAACACUCUUUGAGGGGUAGGUUACAUCUGGCUCAAAAACAAGAAAAAAAAAAGUGUCAAGUGACGUCAGUGUAAACAAAAAAUCAAAACAAAUUGGUUAGCUAGGUCAAAAAAGUCGAUUUGAGAGUCAUUAUGCACUCACGCAUAAGUGAUGACUGAACAUGUUAAGUGCUGCUGAGGGCAAUGUAUUCCACAUUAUUCCACUCUUUGAGCAGAACUGCUCCUAAGCUAUUUAUCUAUGUAUUUAGUUUUGUUUUGUUUAUUUAUUUGAAGUCGUGGCCUAAUGGUUAGAGGGUUGGACUCCCAAUCAAAGGGUUGUGAGUUCUAGUCUCAGGCCGGACGGAAUUGUGGGUGGGGGGAGUGCAUGAACAGCUCUCUCUCCACCUUCAAUACCACAACUUAGGUGCCCUUGAGCAAGGCAUCAAACCCCCAACUGCUCCCCGGGCGCCGCAGCAUAAAUGGCUGCCCACUGCUUCGGGUGUGUGCUCACAGUGUGUGUGUGUUCACUGCUCUGUGUGUGUGCAUUUCUGAUGGGUUAAAUGCAGAGCACAAAUUCUGAGUAUGGGUCACCAUACUUGGCUGAAUGUCACUUCACUUUAUAAGAGAUAUCAAUAUUUACUUCUCUACUUUAGCCAAAGCAAUUCAAGACUUCAGGGUCCCAAAGGGCAGUUCUUUCAGUUUAAAUUGAAGGACUAAGCAACUGGAUUUACUUAAAAAACAUUUUGUAAUUCCAACAAAUCACAUAUUGAUUAAACUUUACAUUCAUAAAUCUAAUUGUGGGUCAUAUGCUGGAUGUUGUGAUUGAUUAAUCUUGUGUUUAGUUUAUCAAGUUAUCAGUCCUUACGGAUAACUUCUGGCCAAACAAACUGAAAAGGAAAAGCUCAGCUAACAUAUUUGUAUAUCAAGGUGCUUAGGAGAUUUAUUUAUUAAAAGUCUGGACUGGCUGGUUUUAUUGUAUUAUUAUAUAUAAUAUACUUGAAGGCACUUGCUUAGGCGUUUACUGACACAUAUCUGCUUCACAACCUUCAUAAUAAUGCUAAUAAUGUCUCUGCUUAACUCUCAUUAGCAGAAACGUGUAAUAGUUGUAGAUAUUUUCUUGUAGAUGUCAACCAUGGAAACAACAGCUUUUUCUGUGAUUAUUCAGUCAUAGCCUACAGUAAAUGGACAAUGCCAACUCAUGCAGCAGUGUAGCUUUGAUUAACAUGAAUGUAAGCAGGUCUGUGUGAUCUGCAGUGUACAGAACAAAGUGAUAUUAUGCCAUUUAUUACAAUGUAAGGUCAUGACCUCAACGUGAUCCAUAGCCUUAGUUUGUAAUAUGAUGUUAAAUGAAGGGGUUAAUAUAAGGAGAACUGUAAUUUAUUGAAUGUUUAAAACGAAUGUUUAUCAGUGUGUUAUGAAGAGAUUGUGAAUUAGGGGGACUGUAUUCCUCAAAACACAGGAACAAAGUUGUUGAUCAAAAUUUUGUUGGUUUUGUGAGGCAAUGUUUAAAAAAAGGGCUCCUAAACUGCUGCUGGUUAAAGAAUGUUUUUCCGCAAUACACUACUAUUUGUGACAAAUAUGAAAUUGUUAUGAUUCUGGAUAUAUGAUAUCUAGAGCAAUGAAACUUGAAAAGAAAACCAGAAAAUGAAAUACUGUACAGAUAUUAAGAUGAACA